UCCAAGUCAAAAAUGAUUGAUAAAAAUGGGUAAAAAAAAAAAGGGAUUUUAAUCAAUUUCCCGACACAAAGACAUAGUGGUGUCAUUUAUUUAAUAUCUAAUAAUAAAAAACAUAAAAAUUCCUUGCAUGUUACAGUUUAGCACACUAGUAAGAGAAGAAGAGAGAGAAAAUAAAAAGACUUAAGACAGACAGCUUAGGGUAGAGCUUAUGAUGAUGUCUUUUAGAGAUCCACUUUAAUAUUAAUCUUAUCCUCCUCUCACCUCUUCACAUUUAUAUUUAAAAUUAUACAAUAAAGUUUUUUAUUUAGUGUUUUUAAGGGCAAGGGGUUUCUUAGCAGCCAGCAUUUUGUUGGUCCAUUUCAUCAUAUUUUUUCAGUUUUAGUAGUUACAUUCUAUUCUUACUUUGAUACCCAACAACAUCACAUUUUUUUAUACACCAAAAACUAAAAUUGUACACAAAACACAAUGGCACAGUUACCUCCUAAGAUUCCUAGCUUACCACAUCAAAAUUGGCCUCCUGCCUUCCCUCCUCACCAAAGAAUGCCCCCUUUAACCAACAAUGUUACUCUUGGUGGGCAGCAGCAACAACAACAACAAUCAUCGCCCCCUGCCUCUUCGGCCGGGGGCAAUGCUAGUAACAACCCUACGUCGUGGGUAGACGAAUUUCUCGACUUCACAUCCGUGAGGCGAGUCACCCACCGACGUUCGGUUAGCGACUCCAUUGCCUUCCUUGAGGGGCCUCACCUCGUCGACGAGUGUCGCAAUUCCGGCGGCGGCGGCGGCGGCGGAGGUAGCGGUGGCGGUGGUUUCGAUAGGCUUGAUGACGAUCAAUUAAUGUCUAUGUUCUCCGACGAUAUCCCCGCCGGAAUGGUGGGCCCACCUUCCUCCCCUUCUGAUCAGAAUUCUAACAACGAAGACAAAGCUAUGUCCACUGAUAAUGUAAACAAUAAUGAUGGUGAAAAUCAGCAGCAACAAUUACUACAAUGCUUCCCUAAGAGCGAGCCUGGCGAGGUCGAAAGCGCGUGCAAUAACAAUAAUUCCGAUAAUAACAAUAACAAUAACAACAACCAACUCUCCGUUCACCCUUCCGAUGACGGCACUCAGAAUUCCGGUGGCGAUAAUAUCCUCGAUCCCAAACGCGUCAAGAGUAGAAUUUUGGCGAACCGGCAAUCGGCUCAAAGGUCAAGGGUGAGGAAGUUACAAUACAUAUCGGAGCUAGAAAGGAGUGUAACUACGUUACAGACGGAGGUAUCAGCCUUGUCUCCGAGGGUAGCGUUUUUGGACCACCAAAGAUUGAUUCUUAACGUGGACAAUAGUGCUCUUAAGCAAAGAAUUGCUGCUUUGGCUCAAGAUAAGAUUUUCAAAGAUGCUCAUCAAGAAGCAUUGAAGAAGGAAAUUGAGAGGUUAAGGCAAAUAUAUCAGCAUCAACAACAAAACAUGAAGAACAAGAUGAACAACAAUAACAAUUCUAGCGCUAAUGCAGCCUCAGCGCCACCCACCUCAGAUUUUAGCAACAUGGGUUUUGCUGAUAAAGAGCAACUUAUGACUUAGUCGACAACAAUGUAGAGGUGAUCAUAGGUCAAGUCGAACUGGGUUUAGGCUAAGCACAAUGCAGGCCAUUCUAAAAAAUUGAUGGUAGUGUGACUAGUGGUGGGAUUAGCUAACCUGUAUGUAUUCACAUGACAUGUUCCCAAAGUCCUCAACUUUUUUUUUUUUUUUUUUCUAAUUUUUAAUUUUUUGGGUUUUAAUUUUUUUUAAUUAAAUUGAUUUUUAAUGAGGGGGGACCAUGAUCAAGUUGGAAGGUGGGGGGAUGGUACACUGACACGUGUCCAGCAAGUAUGGGGUUCGAAACACUAUUUUAGAUUACUCUUUUAACUUAUUAUUAUUGGGUGAAGAUUUUUUUUUUUUUUUUUAAAUGUGAUUUUUAAAAUUUAAUUUUUGGGUAUUUCUUGUUAUUAUUCUUUUAGUAAAAAAAAUUAAUAAAAUAAAUUUAAUUAUUCUUAGAGGGGAUUUUUUAUUGGAUGUGAAUUUUUGGGAGGGAGCAAAAGGAAGUGGGAAGUAUGAAAGGAAGUGAGAGUGUGAGGAAGUUGUCAGAUUGACUGGGGGUGUGUUCAAUGUCUCAUUGUGGUGACUUCUUUUCAUUGUGGAUUUGUGGGUUAAUUUUUCUGAUUGUAAUAAUGUUCUAGUUUCAUUUUUAUGUUUUUUUUAUUUUAUUUUAUUUUAUUACUUCGUGUUAUUGAUAUGCAAUUGUAUAAAGGAACUUUUAAUUUUUAAAAGAAGUUCUAAUUAUACUUUAUUGAAUUGCUUUACUUUA